AUGCAGAGUGUGGAAACAGACAGUGUUUUACAGAAGAGAUUAAAAGGAGAAGUUUGCUUAUCACCAGGGGAAGUUUCUGCUUGGCAGGAUGCUGGUAUGCGAACUGUCUCUGCCUUCCAACCAUGGGCUCCAAAUGUUAUUAGUGCUAUCAAAGAAGGCAAAUUAUUGCCAGCUCCUGCAAUCAUGAGAGAGGGGUUAACUGGUAUUUUACCAUCUUAUUUACAUACUGGGCCACCUGUUUUAUUACAUCCAGAACGUGUUAUUCCAUACUCAGAAUCAGAAAGAUAUGAAAGACAUUUUACACCUAAUGUGUCUCUGGCACCCCCAGUAUCAAAAACAGAUAAAUCAGAAGAAGAUGGCCCCGAAGAGUGUACCAAGAACAGUCCAAGUACGAAGAGCGUAGAGUCGUCCAGUCGAGCAUCAACUAGUGGUACAACUAAUAAUAAAGACUAUCGUGAAUAUGAUCUUCCUACUGACACUGAUGAUUCAUCUUUAGAACAAUCAUCACCUUCAGAUGCUGGUGAUGAGGUGACGUUUCCAGAUAUACCAGAAGUAGAUAGCACCCUGGAGGCAGAAAUUGAGAUGAUCAGAAGAGUUCUGGAUGGUAAAAUACCAAAUACCAAAGAAGCUAAAGACAACUUUCUUCAUGAGUAUUCAAAAUUACGUGUUCCACAUGAAGAGAUUUUAAACACAGUUAACCACGCAAAGAAAUCUUUAACAAGGGAAUUAAAUGCCCAGAAAAAUCGGUUUAAAGAGGAAUUAGAGAAGAAAAAAUUCCUUCAGAAAGAAAAUAAUCGAAUUAGAAUAGAAAGUGAAUGUAGAUUACAAGAGGCAGCAGAAGAAAAAGAAAAAUUAGUAGCAGAAGUGAGGAGGUUGAAAGAGCGGGAAGAAUCAGGGAUGAAUGAGAAAUACCUACAAAUGAACAUGGAGUUAGAAGGCAGAAUGCAGCAUUUUAAAAGUUUGUAUAAUGACCUACAAGAUGAAAAUCGUAUUUUACGAGAAGAAUUAAAACGGCUUGGAGUGGAUAUUGUGGAAUUAUUGCAACGAGAUAAAGCCAUCAUGAACGGUAAAAUGAAACAUACAGCUGAUAUCAAAUCAGACAUGUCAUCGAAAUUAUUACAAGAAGCACUAAUGAAAGGGGAACUUUUUUUUCGGCGUAAUAACGUACUGAAGCGAGAAAGAAUUCAUUUGGUGGAUUGA